CUGUAAACUUUGUCUAGGAGUAAUCGCUUGUUUCUUAAGUCAACAAUUAUAAAAUAUAAAGUACAACUACUGAGAAUAUCCUUCUACAACAGUUAAACACAGAAUUAAAUAAUGCUUAUAACGAUUUACGGAGGAGGGAAUGGUUCUCAAUCUUAAAACCAGUGAACGUCUUCAUCCAUCAAACCAACUAUCACCUGUUACAGAAUUCACAAGACAUCAGCAGCACACAUCAUUCUCCAUAUCUCCCACUUAUCAAUCUUCUCCUUAUCUAAACUGUUUACCAUCCGACCUGACGACGAAGCGAAACACGACCGAAAACCAAUUGUCCGAUGAGCUUCGGCCUCGUGUGCUAACCACGAGCACGGACCUGAAAAGUAGGGUUAGCCCGAGCAUGGGUGUUACUGAGAAGUCGGAAAGCAGUUGUAUCAGCGAAGAAGCUAGCACCGUGGAAGGCUCAACAAUCGAAACCCCGCUUUCAGUAACGAGGCUGGUGGAGAAGUCGUCACCCUUGUCGGCUCCGACAGGUAGCCCUACUCUGGAAAAGAAGAUCGGCUCUACAGCGGUAGAGUUGGCACCAUCAUCAUCUGGUGAUCCAGAUAAUUCUUACUAUCAAGACUCAGUUGAACUUGGAGAUAAAUGUGAACAGACAGGAGGAUCAGAAAUGGUAGAAUGUGAAGAAUUCCCUAAGCGUAAACAACGACGAUAUCGUACUACCUUUACCAGCUUUCAACUGGAGGAACUGGAAAAGGCUUUUGCACGCACCCAUUAUCCUGAUGUCUUUACAAGGUAA